UGUCUUAAGUUACCUGGUGACGAAGAGUCACGUCACGCCAUGUCCUUCCUCCGUCCACUACGCCGGCCACUAGCCCUCCAUGCCUGGAUUCCUGCUCGAAGAUGCUACGCUAGCGCAAGCAAUCCUGCGCAGGCAUCCUCAAGCAAGGCUGCAACUCCAGCAGAGAAGUCAGAGGUUGUACUCUUGAAAUCGUCAUGUCCGGAGGGCACUGUCUUGACGGGCCUGAACUUUUUGAAGGGUCAAGAGGAGGUGGUCGCGCAAGCGGAUGACGCGUAUCCCGACUGGUUGUGGAAGCUUACUGGGCCGAGGCAGCUGCCGAACGAUGGUCCAGGCGGGAAGACGGAGAAGGUUGCGCUGAGGAAGGAAAACCGACAGCGGAUACGUGAGCAGAACUUCCUGAAGACACAAUAGUCUCUGGGCUCGCGGUCCGGGAUCUGCUGGCGGAGAACUAGGUGGGUUAUGGGUGUCAUACAGAGUAUAGCAGCAGUAGUUGUUCAGUUAUUAUGUCCAUCUCGGCAUCGACACUUGCGUUCGACUUCUGAGGUGGCGUUCCGCGAGGUCUUAGUUCCAGACCAGGUAUCGCUCGAUACGUGAUCCUCGGGUAGACGACACCCCGCUCUACCAUGCAAAAGGCUACGUAUCAGUGCCACCUAUGUAGCUAAGUUACAUCGUGAAGGAACUAUGGCUACAUCAAAUUACGGAUGAUCUCUCCACUCAAGUCGGGAA